AGUUUUUCUUUUUUCUAACAAAAAGUACCGGAAGUAGUGCAGAGCAAAUGUAGCUAGGCAACAUACCAAGCAGACUUCAUUUUUCAAGAUGUCUAAAGGAACAACAAUCAAGGAAGCUCUUGCCAAAUUUGAAGAGAAAACGGGCAUAAAGAGCAGUGAAGCAACAGACGUCAAGCUGCAUGGCCAGAUUCCCCCGAUAGAGAAAAUGGAUGCAUCUCUCUCAACGCUGUCUGCUUGCACAAAACUUAGUUUGUCAACAAACAGCAUUGAGAAAAUUGCAAAUCUUAAUGGUUUGAAACAUUUAAAAAUAUUGUCUCUUGGUAGAAAUUCAAUCAAAAGUUUAACAGGGUUGGAAGCUGUUGGAGACACAUUGGAGGAGUUGUGGAUUUCCUAUAACUUGAUAGAAAAACUGAAAGGAAUCAAUGUUUUGAAGAAACUGAAGACUUUGUACAUGUCAAAUAAUUUUGUGAAAGAUUGGGCAGAGUUCCAGAAGCUGAAUGACCUUGUUUCUUUAGAAGAUCUCUUGUUUGCUGGCAAUCCUCUGGAGGAGAAACACACAUCGGAAGGAGACUGGAGAGAACUUGCAGCAAAAAGGCUUCCCAGGCUGAAGAAAUUAGAUGGUGUUCCCGUCAUCAGGGAAGAGGAGGCAGAGGAAGAUUAAUGCAAGAUGAAGCACAGGAUUCUCAUAUCUUCUUUCAUGCUUUUGUGACAAUGUGUCAUUUGUGAUAAAUAAUGAUCAUCUCUAUUAUCCAGUGUUGUGGGUUUUACAUAGAAGCUGGAAGAGCCUUUUUUCAUGGACUCAUCCACUGGAAUGAUCCAACAAUAUUCCAAAAUUCCAACAAGAAUAUUCCAAAAUUCCAACAAGAAUAUUCCAAAUAGGAUAAUGUGUACAAUGGACUCUGUCUAAACAGGAUUUAAGGAGAACUGACAAAAAUGUGCCAGUAUUCACAGAUUACCAGAUUAGACGGAAUUCACCCAAGCUGUUGUCACCGAACAGGACUGUGAUCAUGCCAGUUAAUACAGAAAUCCAGAUUACAGAGAUACUAGUUUGGACAGAGUCCACAGUAUAUAUAUGUAUAUGCAUCAUAUCUGUCAGUUUUAAUACAAAAAUAAAUACAUUUUGACGUUAUAGACAGGAAAUAAAAGAAACUUUUCAAUGAAUUAAUUAUUUUGAUUUUCAGCUGUAAAAACAAAUCUUUUCAACAAACUGGAUGUUCGUAAAUAUUUGUCUAGGUUUACUUUUAAUUUAUGUACAUUGUGUUGUGUUAAUCCAUGUAUAGUAUAUUAUUCAUCCAUUUUUUAAAGAUGUAUUUUGUUAUAACUGAUAGAUAAAAUAAAGAUUAUGAUGUUUUAUCAUA